AUGAAUACAGACUCAUGCUGCAACUCUGAGCUUUGCUCUUCAAACUCAGACCCCACGAUCCGUUUCCCAAGAGAGCAACAUCCGACUAUCGAACCAGAUUUUGCAUUCACAGCAUCUCAGUCCGUCCCGUCAUGGUCAUUCAAACAGGACGAAGACUACCGACGUGGAUACAACGAUGCCUUCAUAGCCAUGGGCAACAUGCCAGAAAGCAGUCGCCAACAAGAAACACUCCAAGAUGCGCCAUUUAGCUCGCAGCUUAGGGAACAUUGCCAGGCUCACUAUUACUGCUGCUCCGACUACCCAGAACCCUCUGAGAGCACAGAUGACGACUCUAGCACCGACGGGGACUAUUCUUCUAACACAGACUCCCAUGAGAACGAUGCCAUCACCUCGGAAUUCCCUAUCCGAGUACACAAAAGAUCCUCUCGGUCUCACGCCUCAAAACAGUUUAGGAUUCCCGACUCCGUCUCCGGACUCUACAGCCCCACUUUCUUUCGCCCUGGCGGCCCAUUUAACCAGUCAUUCCACUACAGCGUCCCAGCCACGACUCAUAAUGCCUUCACUUCAGAUAUCGAGCCUUUCCAUGGAUGUAAUGAUAGUCUUGACUGUCAUUAUGAUACCGUUGACUGGGAAUAG